UUACGUCUUUUGUAUGCUUGGGAUACAAAUCUAACCUGUAAUAUAAAAAGCUCAAUGCGUUUUAUACAAAUACUAAAUUGAAACAACCCACGGGGCGCUCAAUGGCAAGACUGUGUCCCAUAUGGUAGCGUUUUAGACGAGAAGAGUGGGCGGGCUAUCCUCGUCCAGGCGAGUUCUGUGAUGUUAGUAACUAAAAGUAUCCGGAAUAAAGGCGUCGUUGUCUUGCAGUAAGAUUUGUCGGAUUUUUUGACUGAAUGGACGUCCUGUUGAAAUACAUGUUUAUAAUAUAAUCAACCUUAUAAGUCUGUCCUGGAGAAGUGAUCUGUACUGUAGACAAGACGAGUUGUUUGUGCUGACUCAGGAUGGCAGAAGCUCAUCAGGCUGUGGCCUUUCAGUUUACUGUGACCCCUGAUGGGAUUGACCUUCAGCUCAGUCAUGAAGCUCUUCGGCAGGUCUAUCUGUCCGGUCUUCAGUCCUGGAAGAAGAGAUUCGUCCUGUUCAAGAAUGGGGUUUUGAAUGGGGUGUACCCAGGAAGCGCUCCGGGGUACAUGCUUGUGAUGGCAGGAUACAUGGGAAGAGCACAUUAUUUAAAAGCGGACCCUUCCCUAGGCCUGCUUUUUAAACUUGGCAAACAUGUUCCAAUUAGUAGGUACAUGUCUAAUCAAACGCAGAUGGUAGUUGGUGGUGUCAUGGUGGGCACGGGUGUGUGGGUUGCCAUCAUAUUUACCAUGAGGAGUGUCCUGAAGGGCCUGUUGUCCUGGCACGGCUGGAUGAACGCCCCCCGUGGCAAAAUGACCUGGAAAAUACAAUUUUGGGUGAUGCUAGUAAAGAUUUUUUCCGGCAUGCAAACACCAAUGCUGUACAGCUUCCAGACUUCACUCCCUCACUUACCUGUGCCCUCUGUGAAGGAUACAAUGAAAAGAUAUCUCGAGUCAGUCCGGCCAUUGCUGAAUGAUGAGGAAUAUGCAAGAAUGGAAGGUCUUGCACUAGACUUUCAGAAGAACCUUGGACCAAAACUUCAGUGGUACCUCAAACUGAAGUCUUGGUGGGCCACCAACUAUGUCAGUGAUUGGUGGGAAGAAUAUAUCUACUUGAGAGGUCGUGGGCCAAUCAUGGUUAACAGCAAUUACUACGCAAUGGACUUUCUGUACGUCUUUCCCACACAUCUGCAAGCAGCAAGAGCUGGAAACUCUAUUCAUGCAAUCAUGCUUUACAGGAGGAAGUUGGACCGGGCCCAAGUUAAGCCGCUUAUGCUUCAAAACACCAUCCCCAUGUGCUCGUCCCAAUAUGAGUGUAUGUUCAACACCAGUCGCAUCCCAGGCAUAGAAACAGACUCUCUGCAGCAUGUGUCUGACAGCAGGCAUGUUGUGGUGUACCACCGAGGCCGUUACUUUAAAGUGGGGCUAUUCUAUGAUGGACGGUUGCUUUUGCCGCGAGAGAUAGAGCAACAGAUGGAGAGAAUCCUGGCCGACACUUCUGAGCCGCAGCCUGGAGAGGAAUCCCUUGCUGCCCUUACUGCUGGAGACAGAGUGCCUUGGGCGUGUGCCCGUAAUGCCUACUUAAGACACGGUAAGAACAAACAGUCUUUGGAUGCUGUGGAGAAGGCCGCUUUCUUUGUUACCCUGGACGAUACAGAGCAGCGCUAUGAUCCUGACGAUCCUGUCAAGUCCCUGGACUGCUAUGCUAAAUCCCUGCUCCACGGGAAAUGUUAUGACAGGUGGUUUGAUAAGUCUUUCAACCUAAUCGUGUUUAAGAAUGGAACAAUGGGCCUUAAUGCAGAACAUAGUUGGGCUGACGCUCCCAUCAUUGGCCACCUUUGGGAGCAUGUGCUCUCGAUGGAACCUGUUAAGCUGGGCUAUGCUGAAGAUGGCCACUGUAAAGGAAAACCUUACCCUAAUCUGCCUGGACCUCAAAGACUUCAAUGGAGUAUCCCACCUGAGUGCCAGACUAUGAUCACCAACUCUCUAUCUGUGGCUGAGGCUUUGGCUGGUGAUGUGGACUCUCACAUCAUUCCCUUCAGUGACUUUGGAAAGGGCCUGAUCAAGAAGUGCAAGACCAGUCCUGAUGCUUUCAUCCAACUGGCACUGCAGCUGGCCCAUUUUAGAGACAAGAAGAAGUUUUGCUUGACUUACGAGGCAUCGAUGACACGUUUAUUCAGAGAAGGACGUACAGAGACCGUGCGGUCCUGCACCGUAGAGUCUUGUGCAUUUGUUCGUGCCAUGGUCAACAACGACAUGAGAGAAGAGAAACUUCGAUUACUGAAGCUGGCUGCUGAAAAACAUCAGCAGAUGUACAGACUGGCAAUGACUGGAAAAGGGAUUGACCGACAUCUCUUCUGCCUCUAUGUAGUGUCUAAAUACCUUGGUCAGGAUUCCCCUUUUCUCCAGGAGGUGUUGUCAGAGCCUUGGAAACUCUCCACCAGUCAAACUCCUCUACAGCAGCUCGAGCUGUUUGACCUAGUGAGACACCCAGAAUAUGUUACAAGCGGAGGAGGCUUUGGACCAGUUGCUGAUGAUGGUUACGGGGUUGCUUAUGUGAUUGUCGGAGAAAACCUUAUCAAUUUCCACAUCUCUUCCAAGCAUUCCAGCCCAGAGACAGACUCUCAUCGCUUUGGAAACAAUAUCAGACAAGCAAUGGUUGAUAUGCUGAAUCUUUUUCAGCUUGACACAAAAGACCCAAAGUGAUUUAUUGGUGAAAUAAAAAAUAUACUUUUAAACUUUCACCUUAAUUAUAUAUCAUCACUGUUGAGAGAAAUUUGAAAUGUUUUUAUUAAAUUUUUUUCUUGUGUUGUCUUGUUUGUUUGCAUGUGUGUGUGAGAUGCUGCAUAUGAAGGAGAGAAAUAGGGAGGAAGUGUGAGUUUCUAAGAGGAAUCUCAUUCUGUGAUGUUAUGUGUUGGUGCCUUAACAUGUGUCUUCACUAGACAGUUUAAUACAGGUGUUUUGACGUGAAAGAUUAGCCUCAUUUGACAGAUUUUAUAUUGUUGGUAUUGUGUUAAAGCAUUGUACAUUAAGUUUGAAUGUUGGGGAAUGUCUCCCUGACCUCAGAAAUAGAAUCUCUUAAUGCUUAUAUAAGGCCUUUUGUACAUUUAUUUCCAUUUGAUUAUGUGAGAAAGUUAUUUUGCUUUCAUUGUGUAUGUUUCAUUUUAAAUUAUUACAUUAUUUUGGAAAAUGUUAAAAAAUGAUCUUAGUUGCAGGAAGUAUGCAUGUUAUCUAUUAGACUUAAUUAUUUUGUGCUUUAAUAAGUUUAAUGACACCAUUGCCAACACCGUGGCCGUGCUAGUUUUCUGAAUUACCAAUUCAGAAUGAGCAUAUUAAACAGAUGAAUGUUAAAUGCAAAUGAAUGUAAACGGUUUUCCCAAUUCUUUAGAUCUAAUGGCUGGAAUAGACGACCAAUCUGAACAGAUUUUUUUUUAACUAGACAUCAUACACUUGCAGACUUGUUGAAUGUUUCAGAUAGAAACGCACUAACUUAUCAAAUCUGCAGACUGGCACAGACUUUCUGCAACAAGUUCAGUCUGAAAAUGUGGGCAAAAUCUGAGCAAAAGUCUAGUAAUGUAUUUUAGCCUUAAAGGCGGGGUGUCAGAUUUCUCUCAGCCGUUGUUGAUGUUCAAAUCAACAAAACAGAUACACCCCUAUCCCCAUCUUUCGCUUUCGUCAGCGCUAAUGUCCGUCCUAGCACUGCUGAUUGGCUGCAAAAUUGUUUUGGUACUCGGCCCGACUUUGUCUAAAUAAGCAUAAUUCAGAAAUCGGACACCCCGCCUUUAACUGUAGUUAAAUAUUCUGUUUAUUUAAAAAAAAAAAAUUCCAGACAGUUACAAAACAAGGGUAUCAAGAUAUGUUCAACUAACAGGUUUUUGUGAGUUUAACAUUUAACAGGGACAUUUUGUUAUAGAUCUCUGUCACAAAUAUAAGUUUUGGUCUUGUGUUUUAGGUAGCCCUUAACAAUGUCUAAAAUUAGAAAUCCGAUUUUUCAAACAUCAAAUUCUUUCAAGACCAAAUCAUCCAAAACUGUGCAGUCCAUGGUUGUUAUAUAGCUCUGUGGACUGUAUGUCAACAACUAUCUCAUAAGAUAUAAAUUUCAGAAGAAACAUCUGUGACAGCUGAUAAAUCACUUAUGAAAAGUAAUUGAAGACUCAACUAUGAAUAAGUAAUUUAUGAGCAUCAGUGUUUUCCCCUAUGAAUUUAUGUCCAGAAUUUAAAAUAAUGAACACAUGAAUCUAGAUGUUUUCUUGUCAUUUCCAAACUGGACAUGUCUGGUUUACUUUCAUGAAAGCAGGCAAUAGUCCAAUCAUUGACCCAUUAAACCAUGUCUUAUAAAUAGGCUGCAACCAGACACAAUUUGACACGACAAAAGACAAUAGAACCCAUGAAUUAAACAUUUUAUCCACACUGGACAUGGCAUGAUGCGAUAACUACUUUGUUACUAAGGGGUUUGUCAUGAUGCAUCGCUCGUAUCUGGUGUAGACAGGUUGUAAAUAGGUGCUGGUCAGGUGUGUCCAGUAGAAAUUCAGGAAUUCCUUAUAUCUCCUAAACUUUCCCAAAUGCUUGCACUAUGAGUGUCUAAAGUACAAGGAAACAUUUCAUUCUUUUCCAGAACAUUCCGCUUAAACAACCUACAAGAUAGCAGUGGCUGAUACUUACCACUACUGAUAUAUUUCCAAGGGUCUCUGCAAAAUGUCUUCAAGAAACUAAUGACUAUACACAGCUGUUCCCUUGCAAUGUUCCUCUCCAAACGGUUUCCCAUAAGAUUUCUGGAACAAGACAUAGGUCCCUGUGUAUUGCAUGUGUUUGGGAAAACACAAUGUUACAGUACUUGUUUACGAUAAUUUGAUUAUCGUCUGCCGUGAUAAAAUGCAAUUUUGAAGAGCAUUACAUAUAAGCCAUACAUGCUGUUGAGAAACAUUUAUUUAUUAAAUAACGAUGUCCAUUUAUUUCAAGCUAGAUAAAGAAUUUCCGAUGUUUUCUGUUAAACUGAUUGAAUGUAUUCAGAUCCAGAAAAAGUCAUUAAAAGUCAAAGCAUCCAUAAGUAAAGAUUAAGCACUUUGGGUGUAUAUAAAGAGGAAGGUCUUCAUUACAAAGUAAAAAACUUGCUGUCAUUCCAUUAAGUGAAGAAGAUAUUUUUGGCUAAAAUAUAGAAGAAUAAUGUAUACAAUUGUUUACUAUAAUAAAGUCAUUUUAAGAGUUUCUAUUAA